AUGGAUUUCAAUCCAUUCCAAGACUCUGCAAAAUUUGUUGAACUACUAAGUAGUCAACAAAAGGUAGUCUUUGGGAGUCAAGGCAGUGCUUCUCGGUCAUCAUCGCAAGUUCCUUUCUUCAUUCAAGGUACAGAGGAAGGUCGCGAUCUUCCAGAAGAGCGUAAGGAGCGAAGAGCGUGGACUCCAACAGAUGAUAUAGUGCUUAUUAGCUCGUGGUUGAACACGAGCAAGGAUCCAGUUGUUGGGAAUGAGCAGAAGUCAGUCGCUUUCUGGACAAGAGUUGCAACAUACUUUUCAGCUUCUCCUAAGCUUGCUGGCAGUGAAAAAAGAGAGGGUCCUCAAUGCAAGCAACGCUGGCACAAGCUGAAUGAAGCAGUUUGCAAGUUUUGUGGGGCGUAUGAAGCAGCCACAAGAGAGAAAAGUAGUGGUAUGAACGAGAAUGACAUUCACCUCCAAAAGAAGGAAGUUCGAGGAUGGAAGUCAUUAGCCAGCUCUCAAGUCCCUGAAAACCCUGCUGCUGUGGAUGGAACAUCUCGUCCCCCGGGUGUUAAGGCUUCAAAAGCUCGUGGGAAGAACCCACAGGCUGAGGAGAAACGGCUGUCUGACUUCCAGAGUAUGUGGAGCAUCAAGCAGAAUGACUUGGCAAUGAAGGAAAGACUCUCCAAGAUGAGGAUACUUGAGAAUCUUCUUGCAAAAGACCCACCACUAGCUGAUUAUGAAGAAGUGAUUAUGAAGAAGCUGAUAAAUGAGUUGAUGAGUACUACUUGUCAUGUCAAGGUCAAGAAGAUCGAACUUGAACUUGUGAAGGAGUACUUCUUUGUCUCUGCGUUUUAA